AUGGCUGUGGGAAAGAACAAGAGAUUGUCCAAGGGCAAGAAGGGUCUCAAGAAGAAGACCGUGGACCCCUUCUCCCGCAAGGAUUGGUACCAGAUCAAGGCCCCCGCGCCUUUCAACGUUCGCGAUGUCGGCAAGACCCUGGUCAACAGAACCACCGGUCUCAAGAACGCCAACGACGCCUUGAAGGGCCGCAUUCUGGAGGUCUCUCUGGCUGAUCUCCAGAAGGAUGAGGACCACGCUUUCCGCAAGGUUAAGCUUCGUGUCGAUGAGGUCCAGGGCAAGAACUGCCUGACCAACUUCCACGGCCUCGACUUCACCUCCGACAAGCUCCGCUCCCUCGUCCGCAAGUGGCAGACUCUCAUUGAGGCCAACGUCACCGUCAAGACCACCGACGACUACCUCCUCCGCCUCUUCGCCAUUGCUUUCACCAAGCGCCGCCCCAACCAGAUCAAGAAGACCACAUAUGCUGCUUCUUCGCAAAUCCGUGCCAUCCGCCGCAAGAUGACUGAGAUCAUCCAGCGCGAGGCCUCUACCUGCACUCUCACCCAGCUGACCUCCAAGCUCAUCCCUGAGGUCAUCGGCCGUGAGAUUGAGAAGUCUACCCAGGGCAUCUACCCCCUGCAGAACGUCCACAUCCGCAAGGUCAAGCUUCUCAAGCAGCCCAAGUUCGAUCUCGGUGCCCUUAUGGGUCUCCACGGCGAGUCUGGCACCGACGACCAGGGACAGAAGGUUGAGCGGGAGUUCAAGGAGCGCGUUCUUGAGGAGGUUUAA